UCGCCGUUUUAAUCAAAUCGAAGUUGGAGCUGAUUUUUUGCUUGGGAUUUGUUGUUGUAGCCAAAAACUGAAGCAGAGUGCUGCUGAGGGGAAGCAAGAAGAUGGAGGACGGAGAGAUAGAGGAGGGAAUGGUGGUGGACGAGAGAUCAGAGUCACCAGCUCCGCCGCGCAAGCCUCAGAAAUCUUCUUACGAUACGCUUAAAGAAACCAAAGCCUCGGUCGAAGCGGUCGUCGCCAAAAUCCUCUCUGUCAAAAAGGAAAAAAAACCAAAAUCCGAGCUCAGAGAACAGGUCACCCAAAUGUUCCUUCACUUCGUCAAUCUCCGCCAGGCGAAUCGUAGCAUAUUGUUGGAGGAAGACAAAGUGAAAGCAGAGACGGAACGCGCAAAGGCGCCGGUUGAUUUCACGACGCUGCAGCUUCACAAUUUAAUGUACGAGAAGAGUCACUAUUUGAAAGCUAUAAAAACUUGCAAAGAUUUCAAAUCUAAGUAUCCUGAUAUCGAGCUUGUAUCCGAGGAGGAGUUUUUUGGCGGUGCGCCUGAAGAAAUUAAGGGUUCAAAUUUGUCUGAUGAUAGCUCGCACAAUUUGAUGCUUAAGAGACUUAAUUAUGAGUUAUUCCAGAGGAAAGAGCUAUGCAAACUUUUAGAAAAGUUGGAACAACAGAAGAAAAGUCUUCUGGAGAUGAUAGCCAAUCGGAAGAAGUUUCUGUCGAGUCUGCCAUCACACCUCAAGUCCCUUAAGAAAGCAUCGUUGCCUGUUCAGAAUCAAUUGGGUGUUUUGCAUACAAAGAAACUGAAGCAACAUAAUUCAGCCGAACUUCUUCCACCUCCACUCUAUGUGAUUUACUCACAGUUCAUGGCCCAGAAGGAAGCAUUUGGUGAAGAUAUUGAUCUGGAGAUCAUAGGAAGUCUGAAGGAUGCUCAGGCUUUUGCCCGUCAGCAAGCAAAUAAAGACAAUGGCGUAUCUAAUAGUAUAGAGAGCUCAAGGAUGGAGGAUGAUAUACCAGAUGAGGAAGAUGAUGGACAGAGGAGGAGAAAACGACCAAAGAGGGUUCUCAGCAAGGAGGCUAUUGAUCAGGCGGGAGUCUAUCAAGUUCAUCCUCUGAAAAUUAUCCUACACAUAUAUGAUGAUGAGGCAUCUGAUCCUGGAUCCACAAAACUUAUUACUUUGAAGUUUGAGUACCUGUUAAAGUUGAAUGUUGUUUGCGUUGGGAUUGAAGGAUCAUCUGAAGGACCUGAGUAUUAUAUCCUCUGUAAUUUAUUUCCUGAUGACACCGGACUGGAUCUGCCUCACCAGUCAGCCAAGCUCUUCAUUGGUGAUGGGGCUACAUUUGAUGAAAAGAGAACUUCACGUCCAUACAAGUGGGCCCAGCAUUUGGCAGGAAUUGAUUUCUUACCUGAGGUUUCACCAUUGCUUAAUAGUCUGGAAGCUUCAAACAAUGAAACCAAAAGUGAAGCUGUUAUCUCUGGUCUUGCAUUGUAUCGCCAGCAGAACAGAGUGCAGACAGUUGUGCAAAGAAUCCGCUCACGAAUAAAAGCUGAGCUGGCUCUUGCGGAACAGCUUGAUUCACUUUCGAAGCUUAAAUGGCCUGCUCUGAAUUGUAAAAGUGUUCCGUGGGCCUUGCAUACUCCCUUGUGCAGUUUGCAUAGUUGGUCAUCUGUAGGAUCCAAAGUCAACGAGGCUUCAUCUCAACCUAUUAUUGACUCAGAACCAGUUCAAGAGCCCAUGGAUGUUGAUAUGGAUGGAAGAUCUGGUAUCUCGAAGGAAGAGCUGGAGGGUUUUAGGGAAGAUGGGGAGCUUCCAUCUUUGCUUUCAGUUCCAUCCGUCACAAAUGAUGCUAAACUUACUCCACUAAAGGGAUCUAGUCUUAACCAUUCCAAGCAGUUGGCCUUGAUUUCGAAGAGCAUUUUGUCCCCAGGCAGUAGGGGAAAAUUACCUAGUUUCAAAAAACAUGACGAUGAGUGUGUCUUCAUGCUAGAGACUGAUAGUGAAGUGGAUGAGCCCCUAGAGACAGAGACUGAAAACUCUUCUUCUACUCAGUGCUGUGAAAUAGCUGAAAAAUCAUGGGUUGACUGUGGUAUCAAGGAAUUUGUUCUUCUUUUAACGAGGAAAAUGGACACAACUGGACACAAUAUGAAACUAGAAGCCAAGAUUAAGAUCAGCAUGGAGUACCCUCUCAGGCCUCCUUUGUUUACUGUGAAUCUUUACUCUCCUGGAGAAAGUUCUUCCAAGAAUGACUAUUCCGGGUGGCAGAAUGAAGUUCGUGCUAUGGAAGCUGAGGUAAAUCUUCAUAUGUUAAAGAUGGUACCCCCAGAUGAUGAAAACUAUACAUUAUCACAUCAAGUCUACUGUCUUGCUAUGUUGUUUGACUAUUACAUGGAUGAGGCAACUCCAUCUUCCGAGAAGAGGAAGAGUAGUUCUGUGAUUGAUGUUGGAUUGUGUAAACCUGUUAGUGGUAGGCUUCUCGCCAGAUCAUUCAGGGGAAGGGAUCGUCGGAAAAUGAUAUCCUGGAAGGACAUGGAAUGCACUACUGGCUAUCCUUUUUAGAAUUAAAGUAUAUCAUGAUUUGGAUGUAAUGAUGCUAUCUUGCUGUACGGCCACAGAGGAAGUAACUUGGAGAUGGAUUUUUAACCCAAAAAAAGGACCAGGUUGAUCCUUUUGUGCAACUAAAACAGUGAAUCUACUAGUGAAGGUAAGGUUGCUAUGGCAACUUGAAAGGAGUUGUUUCAAAGUGGAUCUGAUUCCCUUGACUUGCUAAACUCAAAAAGAAGGGGCUCAGCCUUUGAUUAGCAAGCUGUAUUAAUGUCGGAUGUGGCCUUGGGGGCUGAGGUCACCGCGAUUAUCAUCAAUUUGUUUUUUCAUAAUGUUGAACCGUAAGGUAUGUCUAGUGCUCUUAUUUAUCGAUUUGCGAUUAUGUUUUAAUUGGUUUUUGAAUUUAGGGCAUAUCGAUAAAAUUAUGAACAGGCAUGUUUUCUAA